AGGUAGUAACCUAUCAGUUAGGAAACUCGCCAACCACGAGACGGGUAGAGUUACACACCAAGGUCAAACCAAACCCAAUUACGUAUUUCCAAUUUUGAAGGAUAAAACCCCGUCCCUAACUUAUAAAUAAAUCAACAAUUCCAAUUACCAAUCAACACGAACGAUGGCGGCAUCCCGCCGCGGCCAGCCCGAGCUGCAGAUCCUCCUUCCCGCGACCCAGAACCCAGCGAUACCCGAACUACCCCCCAUAUCCGCCUUGUUCCUGAUCGACUUCGACGUCAAAGCCGGCUAUACCAUCUCGUGGAAGGCCGCGAAGCCCGGCGUCGAGCUCGAGGGCGUCGUCGAGUACAAGUCCCUGCCCUCGGGCUUGCAUACCGUCUCGGAGGACUUGAUAUACUUCGUGCACGAUGGCUUCGCGGGACUGAGUGCCUUCGUCAAUGCGCCCGUCGAGGACACCGAGGUGAGGAAUGCGAGGAUGCUGGCGGUCGGCGUGUUGGUGCCGUUGAGCUAUGGCCGGCUGGGAAGAGCUUGGAGACAUGCCGAAGGCUUGAAGACAAUGGCGUCGACGUUUGCUACGAGCAAUAAGGACAUUGGCAUAUUGGAGGAGUACUGGCAAAAACACCAAGCCAAGGAGGAGUCGGUUGCGCCGGCCGAAUCUGUCGGAUCUCCAUCUGUUGCUUUCCACCACCUGCCGAAGCAACCUCAGGGCCACGUUAGGAACCGUUCGGCCUCUGAUGGAGCAGCUUUACUCCCGCCUGGCCAUAGGCUUUCCGCAUAUCAUCCGGCCUGGAGCUUAACGAAGCUCUUAGAUACAUUUGGGCCUCUAAUAUUUCCAAUAUACCGUGCCGCUUUGCUGCGCAAGCGCAUUUUAAUAUCGUGCCAUGCACCCAUACAAGAAGCUUGCAAUUUUGUCUACGAUAUAUCUAUUUUGUCUAACAUCCCACAACCGACAUACGACCACCUAUCCCCCGGCUCGCCUCCCCAUCGCUUACGACCCCUCUUCUCCAUCGGCGUCCACGACAUCCCUUUCCUCGUCGAGGACUCCAAACCCAGACGCAAUGAUAACGAGGUCUCGGAGGGCGACCAAGAGGCGGGAACUGGCUGGAUAGCCUGCACGACCGACAGCAUCCUCUCUAAGAAAGACACGCUGUGGGACGUCCUCGUAACCCUCCCGCCUCCUCACUCCUCCAAUGCUAAACGCCGCGUCUGGCCCAAAAUCGAAGGGCCGGGCGGGAUCCCUAUCCGCGCCUCGCAGCGGGACCUGCGACGCUUCCGCUCCCUUAAAGCCGGACUAGCUCGACUUGCCUCACAGUCUAGCUCCAGCGCAUCACCACCCACCACGCCGCUUCAAGAAGCAAGCACGAGCCCGAACGACCCGUUCCUCGACGAGGCCGAGGAGAAACAGGUCGUCGAACCCCUGAGCUGGACCGCCCUCGCCUACAGCGGGUUUAUGUGGUGGGCCUCGGCCGGCGAGAAGGCCCGCACCGACAUGGCCGAGGAGUCGGCCCUCGACGCCGAGCUCCUCGCCGACUUGACCGGCUACCGGUCCCCUUCCUCCUCCUCCGUGCGCAUGGAAGCUCCUCUCCCUCCUCCCCUCCCUCCCCCCAUCCUCCUCUCCGCCUCCGUCGUCUCGCUGCCGCCCGCCGACCCCAACGAGGCGCGCGUCGAACUCGCGCUCAUAGCGUACUUCCACCGGCUCACGACGCAGAUCCUCGGCACGCUGGCCGAAGUUGUCGAGGGCGACGAGGGCGAAGGCGAGCUGGAGGAAAACGACGAUGUGGAGGACGACGCUGCCGCGCUGGUGGACGAUAGGAGGGUUGACGAUGAGAGUGGGGGAUGCGGUGUGCGCGUUAGCAGCGAGGAUAUGGCGCGCAUGGGCCUCGACGUGUGGAGUUCGGCGGACGCGGCGUUUGUGAAGGCCGCUACGGCGGCGUAUUUUGGUCGGAGGGCGUAUGUUGAAGGGAAGGGGGUUGAGGUUUGCGGGGUGAGGGUUUGUUAGUAUGUUAGUGAGGGGGAGGGGGGGGAGGGGGCAAGUAUGCUGUGUUGCGAGGAAGUCGUAGAUAUGAGCAGUGCUCUGUUGUAUAUUAUCGUUAUUAACUACCUAACCUAGGUAAGUACCUAGUCUCGCCGCGGGCUGACAAGAGAGUAGGUGGGCUCAAAUAUCCCGUCGUAAGGAAAGGGGGGAGGGGUGGCUACUUGGUAGCAGCAUGUUAUUUGUUGCGUUGCGUAUAUUAAUUAAUUAUGCGUAUGGUGCUCGUAUUUUCUAAAAGGCGUCAGAGAUGGAAGUGGAUAGGAAUAUAAUACAAAGAACCUACUGAAGCACGAUGGGUUGGUUGCAGCUGAUGUCGUGAUGAACUUGAAAUAGGAGGCUAGUGUUCGUAAGGCUUUAGGGGGUUUACCUCAGGUACAAUUACAAUUGCUAUAGGGGGCUAUUAAGAGUAAGCUGUAUUUAAAGCAUCUAACCUUAGGUAGCCAAUUCCUAGCUUCAAUAUUGCGUGCAAUAAUCCCUCAGUAGCGGCCAUUAACAUGGAAAUACAUAUACAAGCAUGGCUUGGAAGUUGAUUCAUAUGCACGCACAUCUCGAGCAGGCACUUCCCUCCCCCUUAACUACCGCCUAACUACCCCUUAACCAUAUCAUCCACACACAAAAAGAAAGAAAAAGAAACGCACAUUAAACAGCAGCACCAUCUCACUCACGACGCAAAA